AUGCGGACGAGAACUUUCGACUCUCCAUAUCAUUAUAUCGUCAUCCAAGUGUCGCCUCCGACAGAAACCUUGACCCUUCGCUAUGCAAUUCAAAAGGCCCUACAGCAGCUCUUUGGUCUCACACGAGCAGGUAUCCCAAUCGAUGUGCUAUCCGAAGUCACAGAAAACGUGGACGGGAAGGAAUAUGGAAGGGUGGUGCUCAGAGCUGUCACUGAGGACGUAGAAUUUGUUCUUGCUGCGCUUCCGGUCUGGUCUGAUCCGACCAUAAGAGUGGUUGAGCAUAGCACCUUUCUACCCGGAAUCGAUGUUAAAGAUCUUAAAUAA